CUCCAACUGCCAACCCCUCUCUUUUUCUCUCUCUCUCCUCUGCCAUGACCCAAUCCUUAUCCCUGGAUCCUUCUUCCACUCACAACCUCUCCAACUGCCAACUCCUCCCUUUAUCCUCCUAUCCCCAGAGUUAUUUCUCCAUUCCUCUUUCCUUCACCACCAACCUUCAGUUAAAGUUUUAGAUUAAACCAAGGAAAAUUUUCUCACAAUUUUCCUCCUUUCUCCUCUAGUCCUGUGUUCCAAAAUCCCUGACCAAAUCCCAGUCCCCAGAAAAAUUAAACAAGAAAUUCCAAUCUCCAAAAUAAAGAAAAGGAAACGUACCGAAGAAGAAGUAAAGGGAUGUCAGGUGGAGUAGGCCCCACGGCCGGCGGCGACGACAUCCGGCUGCCGAAAGAGGAGGAGGAGAAGAAGAAGGUGGAGUACCACCAGCCCGCCGCCACCGCCCAAUCCCCACGCCGCCGAUUCUUCUCCCUCCGGCAGCUUAACGCCCUCGCCGUCGUCAUCGUCCUCUCGGCCUCCGGCAUGGUUUCAGCCGCCGACAUCGCCUUCGCCCUCUUCUCCCUCGUCUACCUUCACCUCCUCUCAUCCGCCGCCUUCCCCCGCUCCUCCUCCUCCUCCGCCGCCCCCGAUCCCCCGAUCUUCGGCUUCCGCAACCCCCUCCUCGCCAUCUACGUCUCCGUCGGCGCCCUCCUCGGUCUCCUCCUCCCCAUCGCCUACAUACUAGACGGCGUUCUCGCCGGCGACAAAGAGGGCAUCAAGGCCGCCGCUCCCCACGUCUUCCUCCUCGCCGCCCAGGUCUUCCUCGAGAACGUCACCUUCUCCGGCCGCUUCUCCCUCCCCAUACGCGCCUUCGUCCCCAUCUUCUACAACACCAAGCGCCUCUUCACCCUCGCCGACUGGGUCCGCCACGAGAUCGGCAAGGUCGAGGACGAUCACGGCUCGCCGAGAAGGUUGUUCGCCGGCCGGGCGCUCGCCGUCGCCAAUAUGGGAUUCUGGGCCUUCAACCUGUUUGGCUUUUUGCUCCCCGUCUAUCUCCCCAGGGUCUUCAAGAGAUACCACUGCGGUAGUUACGAUAAUAAUAAUAAUAAUAAUAAUAAGAAAGAGAGCCUCAAAGCUAAAUAAUUAUCUGGUAUCUAUCAAUCUAUCUAUUGUUACCAUAUGAUCUUAGAUGCUCUUUUGUUGUUCCUAGUUUUUCUUCUUCUUUUUUUUUUUCUUUCUUCUACGUCUAAGCACUUGUGGUGGAUUUUUCUUUUCUUGAGUCUUGGUUUAGUGUAAUUUGGAUUGAAGGCAAUUAAUAAGAAUUGUAUGUGGAUUGGAUUCUUCUUCUUC